AUGCCACGCAGCAAUACAGGCCGCAACGGUGGCGAACAGGCUUCCAAUAUGCUCAAGAUCGCGUCGCAGUCUUCGGAAGCGCCGCGCGAUACCGAGGGCGGUUGCUUAUUUGCAAACAUGUUUGCCGAGGUUUUGAGUGAUCCCGGGGUUCAGAAGAACAUGGAUGUGCUGCGGAAUCGGCAGCCAGGAGAAGAUGGCUCCAGCUAUUCAGCAAACAGUGCCAACGUGGACGGCAACGCAGAUGCUGGCCACAAGACACCUUGA